GAGAAGCCAUCACGUUUCUUGCGCUGUCUCUUUGCCAUGGCAGGGGUGAAGAUCCAAGUGAAGUUGGCUGGCACCACAGAGGUACCGAAAAACUUCCACCACGGCAAAGCGCAGCACAAGGAAGUCCAGAGCCUUCCUUCUCAUUCCCGGCAUUUGCCGGAACCUCAUGGUCUCAGCGAGUUCCUGUCCCAAGCUCAUCGCAUGGCCGCCUUCGAGUGGCCGAAAGCCUUGGAGGAGCGCCACUUGGAGGCAAAGCAACUGCGGCUGGUGAUCGAAGACUCCGACACCUACUCCUACGAGGCGCUGCUGCAGCAGGGCUUCCUUCCGAAGUUCCUUUGCUCGGAGCUUCGCUGCCGGAAUUGUGCGACCGUGCGUCUCGCGGCUCAGAAUCCCAUGUUUGUGAGGCGCAGCGGAUCGUGGAUUAUACGGCCCAAUCCCAGCUACUUCGACUACGUGCAGGCGGCGAAAGCACCCAGAGAUCUCAAAUUUCAGCCUCAGGGCUUUCGCCUCAUAGCUUGGUGGGUUCAUCCGGAGUUGCAGCGGGACAGCCCAUGGUUUCAGCCGAACGAAAUCAUUCCUUGCGAGCCUGGAGCGGAUCACACCUUCGACUACCAAGCGGUCCAGCCGCUCUCCGACUUCCAGACCUCAGCGGUGAAGUAUCUCAUGACCUGGCGCGACCUGGGUCCGGAGCACCUAGCGGAGCUGAUUCAGCUCCGAGCGGACAUCUUCGACCAUUUGACCGAGGAGCAGACACCAGACCUCGAGCUCCUUCCUCCAUCGGUCCUUGUUUCCGACAUCCUACCGUUUCCAACUCCCCCCGGCUUUGACUGCAAGAAGUACUUCUCAGCGAUUUCAUGCCGGAGUCUGGAUGAGCAUUUUGAUGAGGAGUCGGCGGGCGGUCACGGGGCGGCGGUCCGCAAGGCUUUGGUGGUCUUCGGUCCAGCAGGGGUGGGCAAGAGCACGGUCAUCGAGAAGCUGACGUCCGGCACUUUGGCGCUUCAAUGCCCUGAGCUCUGUUUCCUCAAAGAGCCCACAACGAUCGACGGGGACCGGAUUCGGGAAGCCAAGCCUGGCUUCUCACCGAAAGAGACCGCCCUAGCCAAGGAAAGGCUCCUCUCCUGGGCCAUUCGAGAGGAGAGGAGCCUUCUGAUCGCCACGGUCCGCCCAGAGGACUACCUGGAAAGACUGCACGCCCAGGGCUAUGUUCUCCACCUCUUGCCCAUCUUCUGUUCUCAGGAGGUGGCUCUGCGCCGAGCGCGUGCCCGAGAGGCAGAGACGGGUCGGGCCGCCGAAUCCGCGGGCUGCGAGAGAGCCUUCCGAGAGCGGAUCCACGCCUUCUUCCGCUUGACGAUGGCAUCAGGCUCGGUCUUCUUUGUGGACAAUCGUGGAGACGUUCCCCGGCUGUGGCGGAAGCUCACGUCCCCCAUGCCUGCGGAAGCGGCGCGAGCCUGCAGCGAAGUCUUCAACCUCGCCGGAGUUCCCACGCCCUGGACAUCAACUUCGUUUCUGGACACCGCGGGCUUGAUGAGAAGCAGCCUCAGGGGGUGCAAGGGGAGACAGUGUAAGACCAGGCAGCUCGUCUUUCUUGUGGGCCCUCAGGGUGCUGGAAAGACCACCACCUGGCGCCAGCACCCGGAGAUUCUGGCGCAGGCUGGCCUAGAGGGCCACACGGUCCUCGACGGGGAGUUAUUCUACGAAGCCCAUGGAGGUCAUCAAGUCUUGCAAGAGCUGGAGAAGGACGCGUGCACAUCGCACCUGACUUUGGCGGAGGAGAUGCGAACAUGGAAGAGGGAUGCUGCUAGUAGAGCUGGCUCUUUGGGUCUGAACAUCUUGCUGCCGGUCACCGGCACAAGUCCUAUGACGGACGCAGAGUCGAUGGCCUACUUCCAGCGGCUGGGCUACAAAAUCUCAGCCAUAUUCCUGCUGGUGAGCCCUCAGAGCUCUAGCUCCAAUGCCAAGAUCCGGCAAAAGCAAACCGGACGGCCAGCUAUGGAUUGCUUCACCUACAGCAAGACCUGCGAACUCAUGGACGCUUUGAGGAAGCAGUUCGACGUCCUUUACAUCAACAACGACCAGUUUCAGUGGGAAGUCUUGUCAAGUAGUGUCGGCCAGCUGAGGCUCAAGAUGUUCUCUGAGCAGUCAAGCGCAUGGCGCAGCGCCUAA